AUGUCUAUCUCCAACGAAGCUUUACAAAAGCUAGUCAACGAAAUUCAAUCUCAAGCCAUUCAAGCUGAGCAACAAAUCAGUGUCGUCAAAUCUCAAAUCUCCCUCAAGCAACGCGAAAUCCGUAAACUCGAACUCACAUCCACCGAAGUAUCCACGUUACCACCUGACACCAAUGUAUAUGAAGGAGUUGGUAAAAUGUUUGUUUUCAGCCCUACAGCUGAUGUAGACAAGAGAUUAAAUCGCGAGACUAAAGACUUGAAAUCCGAUAUUGAUAAUUUGGGCAAGAAAUUACAAUAUUUAGAAACGACGUAUGAGAAGAGUACGGAGAAUAUUACGAGGAUUCUUCAAAGUGGUGGUCGUGCUUGA